CCAUAUGAUACCAGGAUCGAACAGAAACUUUGAGGAUCGUCGCCGGACGUAUCGCCAUCGCCAUAACCAUCGCCAUCUUCGAAGUCCCGGAAGAGGACCAUUACGGAUGCUCGAAUGGAAGAGAAGCUCAGGAGAACAUAGUCAGAAGAGAUAUUGGGAUCAUUCUGAGUCGCAUCUUUCAGAAAUAAGGCGACAAGAGAAUGUCAGGGAAAUACCCCAGUCAAAUGAUAGCAUUGAACGUUCAGAAAAUUUCUAUAGGAAGCCUUAUAAGCGAGUGCGUACUUCCGAGAGCAUUCCCCAAAUGCCUGAACCUAUCUACUCGUCUCGUCAAAGACGAAAAGGGUUCGGCUCUGAUUCUUUGCGUGAAUCAGCAAACAACAAAAAUAAUUCAUAUGAACAUUCGGAUUCUGAAAUAGUAGGGAAUGAUAGAGUCAGCAGAGUUCUAUCUGGGGCUGAUAAUGGGUUGUCUGAGGAGAAAAAGGAGCAUAUCCGAAUAUCGAAAGUUUACAGGAAAAAAGACUUCAUCUACCUUGACAGAAUAGAUGGAAAACCAACAAAUGUGCUUCAAGGUGUAGAGCUUCAUACUCGGGUUUUCAAUGCCGAGGAGCAGAAGAAGAUUGUGGAAUGUAUCUACGAGUUACAAAGAAAGGGGCGAAAGGGGCUGCUGAGAGAGCGUACAUAUUCAGAACCUAGAAAGUGGAUGCGCGGCAAAGGACGCGUGACCUUACAAUUUGGCUGCUGCUACAAUUAUGCAGUGGAUAAAAAUGGGAACCUUCCAGGCAUUAUAAGAGGGGAAGAAGUGGAUCUGAUACCGCCAUUGUUUAAGCAAAUUAUCAAGAGGAUGGUCAGGUGGAAUGUCAUUCCCCCAACAUGCAUCCCUAACAGCUGCAUUGUGAAUAUAUAUGAAGAAGGCGAUUGCAUUCCCCCUCACAUUGAUCAUCACGACUUUGUUCGACCCUUUUGCACUCUUUCCUUGUUGACAGAAUGUAACAUAGUUCUUGGGUCGACUUUGAAGAUUGUGGGACCUGGAGAGUUUUCAGGGCCUGUCUCUAUACCUCUGCCUGUCGGGUCAGUGCUCGUUCUAAAUGGUAAUGGGGCUGAUGUUGCUAAACACUGUAUUCCAGGUGUCUCAAGAAAAAGGAUUUCCAUAACUUUUAGGAAAAUGGAUGAUAGGAAACUACCCUACAAGUUUAUGCCCGACCCUGAGUUAAUUGGAGUGAAGCCUCUAACACAUUCUCCGGUAACAAGGUCACAGAUCCAACAUGACCGGCAUGGAAAGAGUCUGUGAGGCAACAAAGCCAGAUCAAGGAAAUGGAGGUUUUUUUUUUUUUUUUUUUUUUUUUUUUUUUUUUUUUUUUUUCAUUGACUUCAAAUAAUUUGGAAGAUUGAAUUUGUUGGUGUAUGGAAUGGGUUAUUCUUAUUAA